AUGAAUCCAGGCGGAGAAGGCGCGCCAAAUAGGCCAAACAACCCGCCCGACCAAGAGAGGAGAGCCAAUGAUCCUCCUAAUCCAGCAGAAGCUAGAGCUGACCAGCCAGCACCGGCCAGAGACGUUCCUCCACCCAAUCCGAACGCGCCCGAUGCAGCUGAGCCGCUACAGCCACCUCUUAACCCGCCGCGACCACCACCGGCGUUUGCAAAUGGACAUCAUCGUCACGGUGACAACCAAGGGAUGCCUCAAGACCAACCUCACGCACCUCCAAGGAGAGUGCCAAACGCGCAGCAUCCAAGGCACCAAACUAUGGGAGACUUUGAUUCGUCCGAUGCCUUCUUUAUGGAUCGGAAUCCAAUCCGACCGCCUCUACCUCCAAGGAACGAUUUUGAGAUCAAACCGCAGAUCAUUGCCUUGGUGAAGCAAAACCAAUUCCAUGGUUUGCCCACUGAGCAUCCUCUUGAUCACGUCGACACCUUUGAGGAGAUAUGUAGCACAACUCGUGUUAAUGGAGUAUCGCCGGAUUACUUCAAGUGCAAGCUAUUCACUUUUUCUCUAAGUGACAAGGCGCUAAGAUGGGUAAAAUCUUUACCACCUCAGUCCAUUACAACAUGGAAUGAAUACAAGGGAGCUUUCUUGAACCAAUUCUACACUAAGCAAAGAUCCAACUCUAUAAGGAGCAAGAUUUCUGGUUUCAAGCAAGAUUCAAUGGAGUCAUGA